CCGUCUCCAGGUAAAAGUCCAGGCACGCGGCCAGAGGACGAGGCAGAGGGAAAACCUCCACAGAGGGAGAAAUGGGCCAGCAAACUGGACUUCCUGCUCUCCGUAGCCGGCGGCUUUGUUGGAUUGGGGAACGUCUGGCGUUUCCCGUACCUCUGCUACAAGAACGGUGGAGGUGCAUUUCUCAUCCCAUAUUUCAUCUUCCUGUUUGGUGGAGGACUUCCCGUGUUCUUCCUGGAGGUGGCGCUGGGCCAGUUCACCUCUGAAGGAGGGAUCACCUGCUGGGAGAAACUCUGCCCCAUCUUCACUGGAAUUGGCUACGCAUCCAUUGUGAUCGUGUCCCUGCUGAACAUCUACUACAUCGUGAUCCUGGCUUGGGGUUUGUAUUACCUGCUGCAGUGUUUGCAGAGAGAGCUGCCGUGGGCACGCUGUCACCACAGCUGGAACACCCCCAACUGUGUGGAGGACACCAUCCGCAAGAACAAAACCCUCUGGCUCUCGGCCAACGUCACCAACUUCACCUCGCCCGUGACUGAGUUCUGGGAGCGUAACGUGCUAAGUUUGUCGUCUGGGAUUGAUGAGGUAGGUGAGCUGAAGUGGGAUCUUGCUCUCUGUCUGCUCGCCGUCUGGGUCAUCUGCUUCUUCUGCAUCUGGAAAGGAGUGAAAUCCACCGGCAAAGUGGUGUAUUUCACUGCUACCUUUCCGUUCCUCAUGCUCAUUGUGUUGCUGGUGCGAGGUGUGACUCUGCCCGGUGCUGCCGAGGGCAUCAAGUUCUACCUGUACCCUGAUCUGAGCCGCCUUCAAGACCCUGAGGUGUGGAUCGAUGCAGGGACUCAGAUCUUCUUCUCUUAUGCUAUUUGUCUUGGUGCAAUGACUUCACUAGGAAGCUAUAAUAAAUAUAAAUAUAAUUGCUAUAGGGACUGCUUGUUGUUGGGAUGCCUGAACAGUGGGACCAGCUUUGUGUCUGGGUUUGCCAUCUUCUCCAUCCUGGGUUUCAUGGCGCAGGAGCAGGGCGUGGCCAUCUCCGAUGUAGCUGAGUCAGGUCCCGGAUUGGCCUUCAUUGCGUAUCCAAAGGCAGUCACUAUGAUGCCACUGCCCACUUUUUGGGCUAUACUCUUCUUCAUCAUGCUUCUGCUGCUGGGCCUAGACAGUCAGUUUGUAGAAGUGGAGGGUCAGAUUACCUCCUUGGUGGACCUGUACCCAUCCCUCCUAAGGAAGGGAUACCGGAGGGAGAUCUUCAUCGCUGUCAUCUGUGUCAUCAGUUACCUGGUGGGACUCACCAUGGUCACUAAUGGUGGCAUGUAUGUGUUCCAGCUGUUUGAUUACUAUGCAGCCAGCGGUGUGUGCCUUCUCUGGGUUGCAUUCUUUGAAUGUGUGGCAGUAGCCUGGGUUUAUGGCGCUGAUAAUUUCUACGAUGCUAUUGAGGAGAUGAUUGGCUACAGACCAAACAGUUGGAUGAAAUGGAGCUGGAUGUUGAUCACUCCGGUGCUGUGUGUGGGCUGUUUUGUGUUUUCGUUGGUGAAAUACAAACCCCUCACUUAUAACAAAGUGUACGAGUAUCCCGAUUGGUCGAUCGGAGUGGGUUGGUGUCUGGCUUUGACCUCGAUGAUCUGCAUCCCCAUGGUGGUGGUCGUCAAAAUCAUCCAAUCGGAUGGUUCACUGAUUGAGCGGAUCAAGGCCGUGGCGGCGCCGGUGAAAGGAGCGAGCUCUCGUCCGAAAGACUGCGUCCUGAAGAACAGCGAGCUGCUCCACCCGCUCGACCCUAACGGCACUUACGCCCUCACCAAACACACUCACACCAUCGUAGAAACUACAAUGUGAGACUCUCUAUGAGAGAACCGCGUUCCCUUUUCUCCUCUUUUAAAACUCCUUUUCUCUCCCUUAGUCCGAUCAGACUGCUUCAUAGUGUGUUCUAGUCGUAUUUUUACACGAGGAGGUUGUAAAAAAAAACAAACAAACAAAAAAAAACCUCCUAAUAAUAUCCUUCGCUGUUUAGGAAUUUUAUUAUUAUUAUUAUUAUUAUUAUUAUUAUUGUGGUAUUAUUCUUGUUGUUAUCAGUGUAAUCAUUGCUAGUAACGCUAAGAUUUGUUGAGGUCGAAGCCGUGAGAGACGCCUCGUCUUCUUCGCACGGUCAAAGAGAGACGGAUGGGAACUGUGAAAGUUGUUUAGAAGGAUAUUGAGCCUUGUUUUGUUUUUGUUUUUGUUUUUGGGGUUUUUUGUUGUUGUUUUUUUUUUCUU